AUGAGUUACUGUGGCGGACACGGAGAUAGGCUAAACGGAAUGCUCAGUGCCUUUGUCAUCGCCCUCUUGUCGGACAGAGCAUUUUUCAUCGACUCUCAGCGCCCUGUGCCGCUGAGCAUGGUUUUGCAGCCGACACCCGGCGGACUUGAUUGGCGAAUGUUUGGUUCCCAUGCGGCGCUGCCGGCCGGCUUCAACCUGAACGAUAACUUGGCGGCCUUCGAGCAAAAUCCACGCAGCGUUUUGGAGAGCCAGGAGAAGGUCAUCAGGCUUGUUUCCAAUCAGCGUCUGACCGCUGCUGCGCUGCAUGCGUCAGGGCAGCGAGCAGAAAGUCUAGGUUUGAGCCGUCAGCCAGCACUGCACUCGUAUCUUUUUCAGAUGCUCUUCGCGCCGUCUCCCGCUCUGCAAGCGCGCCUGAACGCGCGUGAUCUGCCGGCAGGCCGCCGCAUAGGCUUGCACUUCCGAGCGGGGGAUCAAAUGCCACAGAACUGGAAGGACCCUCCGCGCCACCCGCUCUCGGAGCUGGACGAGUUCCUGGACUGUGCGGAGAGCCUUGAGAAGGAUUAUGACUGGGAUGCAACGUUCAUCCUCUUUGCUGACACGGACAAAGUGCUGACGAUUCCGCGUGUCCAGGAGCUCAUGUCCGCGGGAAAGCUGGUCUGGCCCAGUGAGCCUGAUGGCCUUGUGCAUUUGGACCGAUCGCCGGCGACACUUACCGUCCGAGGGCUCCUUCAGACUUGGUCAGACUGGUGGACCUUGGCUUUUGAUGUUGAUGCCUUGGUCCUCUGCCACAGCGGCUUCGGCGCGACAGCUUUGGAGAUUGGUCCGAGACGCCCUGCUGUUAUUGGACGUGGAUGCGUGCCUGCAGACGGAACCACAGGCCCGAUGCUUACUCGCAACCUGCGCAGGGGUGACUUAGCCAGCUCUUGUGUGCUCAACAUGCGCAGGGUGACACUCGCUGUGCCAACUUCGAGAUUCCAGGGGCAAAAAGAUAAACAAGCCUUGAGACAUAGCUGCGACUUGUGCCUGUGGUCCUUCGCUUGUGCAGGACAGCGUUGUUACGACAUGACUCCCACCGUAGCUGUGGCCUCUCUAGACCCUAGGCCCUAG